GAGUGAUGGAGAGUGAAGAGAGUGAGGGAGGGUGAAAGAGAGUGGGAUAUUGAGUGUUAAAGUAUAAAUACAUGUAUUUGUAUUUAUACAGGGCGUUAGCAGGAAAAUUUAGGGCGGCAUUUAGCAAAUGAGUAAUUAAAUAGUUAAUAGAAGACAAUUUUAUCACAAGAGGUCGUUGUAGUAUAGUGGUAAGUAUUCCCGCCUGUCACGCGGGUGACCCGGGUUCGAUCCCCGGCAACGGCGUAGUUUUUUGUUUCAUCUUUUAGCACUGAUGACCUCAAUUAUAUCCAUCUUUGAUUGAUUGGCGCCAUUCUCAUAACUUCACAGAGUUGACUCAUAGUCUUCCCUAAAGAUCAUGGCCAAACAAAAAAAAAAAAAAAAAAAACUGCUGGAGCAGAGAAAAUAUAGCUCAAACCUUACAAAUGUUCCUUCUUUCCCUCCCUUUUUCUUUUUUCCCGCUUCAUUUUCGGGGCUGCAAUUUUCUUUCUAAUGAAUAGUAAUUAAAAAGAUAAUAGAAGUAGUAAUAAAUAAUCUAUUUUUAGAGAUAUAGGAAGAAAAAUAAAAUUAUACGGGGAAGAAAAUCUUUCAUCUUCUUUUUUGCCUAACCCAGAAAAAAAAAGUACUUUGGAUUGUUUUAAAAGUUGGGAAAAAAUAAUUAUACUCUGUUUUUGUUUUUUAAAUUUCUGGGUUGGGUUUCUGUGGAAAGAUAAUUAAAUAAUCCUAGGAAACCCUUUUAUUACCAAAAAAAAAAAUAAUUUGGAGGAAAGAUAAAUUAAUAGGAGAGUUACAACUUGUAACAUCUUGUAAAUUAAUUUUUCAAAGGUGAUAUUAAGAGCAAGAAAAUCCCAAAAAAGGAAAAGAGAUAAAAAAAAGUAAAAAUGGGGGGAGGAGGAGGAGGAGGAAGUGGUGCAAGCAAGCCAAGGCAGCUUGAUCAGACACCUACAUGGGCUGUUGCUUCGGUUUGUGCAAUUAUUAUUGUUAUUUCCAUUGUUUUAGAGAAGGUUCUUCAUCAUAUUGGGGAGUACUUUCAUAAAAAGCACAAGAAAGCUUUAUACGAAGCACUCGAGAAGAUCAAAGGAGAAUUGAUGGUGUUGGGAUUCAUUUCUUUACUCCUCACAUUUGGGCAAACUUACAUCAUCAGUAUUUGUAUACCCAUGCACCUGGCAAAUACAAUGUUGCCUUGUGCCUAUAAGCCCAACCACGAGAAAAAAAGCCAUGAACAUGGAGAAGCGAAAGCAGACCAUCACCGUAGGCUUUUAUGGUAUGAGCGCAGAAUGUUAAGCGGAGGUGCAGCUCCCGUUGGGUGCAAGGAGGGAUAUGUGCCUCUGAUUUCUGCUAAUGGUUUGCAUCAACUACACAUAUUCAUAUUCUUCUUGGCAGUGUUUCAUGUAAUCUACAGUUGCAUUACAAUGGCGCUUGGUAGAAUGAAGAUUCGCAGGUGGAAAGACUGGGAACUGGAGGCAGUGAACAGCAAAGACGGUUUUGGUGCUGAUGCUUCAAAGUUUCGAUUGACUCAUGAGACAUCAUUUGUAAAAGGGCACAACAGCUUUUGGACAAAAAAUCCUGUCCUCUUUGGCCUUGGUUGCUUCUUUAGGCAAUUCUAUAGAGCUGUUCGUAGAUCUGAUUACUUGGCACUGCGUCAUGGAUUUGUUAGCGUUCAUCUAGCACCAGGAAGCAAAUUUGAUUUUCAAAAAUAUAUCAAAAGAUCUUUGGAAGAUGACUAUAAGGUAGUUGUGGGUAUCAGUCCUUUGUUAUGGGCAUCUGCCGUCCUCUUUCUACUUCUUAAUGUUGACAGAUGGGAUGCAAUGGUCUGGUUGUCGUUCCUGCCAUUAAUUGUGAUCUUGUCAGUUGGUAUGAAGCUUGAAGCAGUCAUAACACAGAUGGCUGUUGAAAUCACAGAUAGGCAUGCGGUUGUCCAGGGAAUGCCUCUUGUGCAGGUCUCUGAUAAACACUUCUGGUUUUCCUGGCCACAGCUCAUCCUCUAUCUCAUCCAUUAUGUCUUGUUUCAGAACGCUUUCGAGAUUACUUAUUUCUUUUGGAUAUGGUAUGAGUUUGGUCUGAGGUCUUGCUUCCAUUCAAAUUUUAUCAUGACUCUUGUGAGAGUCUGUCUUGGGGUGGGUGUUCAAUUUAUGUGCUGCUACAUCACUCUUCCUCUGUAUGCCCUUGUGACUCAGAUGGGAUCCACGAUGAAGAGAUCGAUAUUUGACGAGCAAACGUCAAAGGCUCUAACACAGUGGCGUAAGAAUGCCAAGAAGAAGAACGACGGGAAAUUAGGAGGUCUCCCAACUGAAAAACUUGGUCAAUUACCAAACGAAACAGUCGACCUUGAGACAGAUGAACCCUCUGAGCAUGGUCCUUACUAAUCGUCCAUGACCAUCUCUAAGUUUUUGAAGACUUUGAUCAAAAUAUAUUGAAGCUCAAAUUUGUGGUGGACGAUGCAUUGGCAUGAGAUUCAGACUUCCUAGUGUGGUAGAUGAAAAGAACAACACUUUUUUUCAGACAGCUGAUUUUUUUUUGUGGUUGUAAAGGAAGCAGCAUCACUGAUUUGUUCAUGCUGGUUGAUGUUUAAUUGUAUUUAGAUUUAUUUUCACCUUUUCUCAGCAGGUGAUUUCAUCCUAUUUAGGACUUGUAUUCUAUCAGAAUGUUUCUGUUAGUCAAGGGGUAGUGUAACAGUUUAAUGACCACCAAGUAGUGUUGCUUUGAUUGUUUUAGAGACAAAAGAGAGGGCAUAAGACUUAGAGGAUUCGUAGGUUCAUUGUUGGUUUUGUUAUAAAAGGUAAAAGGGUGACAAAGAUUAUUACUAGAUGAAC